UAGCGACACUUUCACUUCAAAGUCUCGCCGUAAGAAAUCGUCGCCAAUACCAACGUCAACGGAGCUCUAUUCUGUUCCAAACACCCAAGAAAAUGGCAAACUCGAAGGCGUGGGUGUGGCUGCUUCUGACCCUGUUCGCCGCUUUCUCCCUCGCUUCUUGCGUCGACGACAAAUGCGCAGCUUGCAAUGCCGUCUCGGAGGAACUAGAGAUUGGCCUUUCUAAUGAAAAACCGAGGAAUCAUCUAGAUAUGAGACACCGUCUGGACUCUAAAGGUGAACGUAAAGGAAAGGUAAUUGAUUACAGAGUCAGUGAGCUCAGAGUCGUUGAACUCCUUGAUGGCCUUUGUGAAAAGAUGCAGGAUUACACUCUUCAGAAGAUAGAUUCAAACAGGCAAGAGUGGGUCAAAGUGGAUGACUGGGAUAACCUCACAACAAAUAAACAAGAAGCUCGAGCAUAUUCAAAAGCUAUAUCAUCUUAUUGUGGAAGGUUACUUGAAGAAACGGAAGAUGAUUUGGCAGACUUGAUAAAGAAAGGAUCUGUUGAAGUAGGGGAUGUAAGCAAGGUUCUUUGUCAAGAUUUAAGCAAGCACUGCAGUCAAUCAAGUGGCUUCCAACAGGUGGAUGGCAAUGAUCAUGGAUCAGAUGGAGAACUCUGAUUAACUCUCAAGGAAAAAAGUUUCUGUGGUUUCAGAACUUUUAGUUGGCAUCACCCUCAAAGUGAAUAAGUUAUGCUUAACUUGUAACCCAAAAAAUUUUGCUUCCAGUUGUUCAACUGGCUGGAUGUACCAAUGUGUUGAGUUUCACGUAAAUGAAAAUGACUCGAGCGCAUAUUUGAAGAACACUCAAUGAUAGAAUAGCCAGUGUUUGCAUGCCAAUUUGUGAUCUUGAACUGGAAAUUUAGUACAAGCUUAAAUUC